ACAUGAGCUGCGUUCGAGAAACACCAAAGAGCAGAGUGGUGUUGUACUUUAUCAUACAGCCGUCUCUGACGUAACACACUUCAGUGGUAUCAGUCUCACAACCUGGGUGGCUUACAGCUGGAUCCAAAACAACACUCUUCUGGAAGAAGAAAUGGAUGAACAGACAUCACCAUCAUACUGGCUGUCUACAGAGACGGAUGAUGAUAACUACCUGUAUAAUGACACCUUCGAUGAAUCUGCUGAAUUGUGUGAAUUCAAAAGCAACUUUGAACAUGAAGUGACAUACCAAAUUUACUCUUUCAUUUGUGCACUUGGACUACUGGGCAAUAUUCUAGUCCUUGUCACAUAUGCGUUUUAUAAAAAAGCCAAGACCAUGACAGAUGAUUUUCUAGUAAACGUGGCUGUGGCAGAUCUCCUGUUUGUUCUUGCCUUGCCUCUGAUCAUAUAUAAUGAGCAGAAUAAUUGGCAAAUGGGUAAUUUGGCUUGUAAGGUACUACGAGGAAGCUACAGCAUGAACCUGUACAGCAGUUUGCUCCUGUUGGCUUGCAUCAGCGGAGACCGCUAUGUUGCCAUUGUGAAAGCGAGGCGUUCAUUUGGAACUCGCUCCAGAGCCCAGAUAUUCAGUCCUCUCAUCUGCAUAAUAAUAUGGCUAUUUGCUCUCAUGUUAUCUAUGCCAACAUUCAUAUACUCCGAGCUAGAAAAGGAGUAUGUUAAUGGAACGCAAGAAAUCGACUGCGGCUUGACAUUUGAGACAAAUAACAAAGCAGAAGUGAUGAAAAUCCUCCUGCCGAGCAUGCAAAUGUGUGUGGGUUUCUUCAUACCUCUGCUGGUGAUGGGUUUCUGCUACUGCAGCAUCAUUUUCACUCUACUCAGAGUACAAAAUUACCAAAGGCACAAGGCAGUGCGCGUGGUUCUGGCUGUAGUUCUGGUGUUCAUCCUCUGUCAUUUGCCCUAUAACGUCACGCUGCUGAUCCACACUACUCGGCUGUUCAAACUGAGAGGCUGCAAAGCAGAAAAGAACAUCCACUUCGCUUUAUCUGUGACCAGAAGUGUGGCGUAUCUCCACUGCUGCCUCAAUCCCAUCCUUUACGCCUUCAUCGGAGUCAAGUUCAGGAACAAUUUCUGUCAGCUCGUUGAGGAUGUGUGGUGCUUUGGGAAGAAAUACUUCUACUCCAGACCAUCCUCUCAGCAAACUUCAGAACUGUACAUUUCUGCACACAAGUCCAUCACUGCAGCAAAUUUUGAAAACUCUUCAUUUAUAAUGUGAGGUGUAGCAGGGAACAGAACAUUCAGCCUUUUCUUGUUUGUGCAAAUAAAUCUACAUUUAUGCUUUUAUUUGGUACUUAAAGUCGUACUGAAUCUUUGAGAUCACCGGCGAUUUGUCUGUACUAAGUCUCAGUGAUUUUAAUACAUGUAGAUAGUCAUGUUGAUUUUAUUUUAGGGUUUUAUGCCACAAAAGACGGUCUGAACCAACCAUGAUGGACACUGUGCCAAGUGGGAUUCCUGAUCUGGAUAUUUUACCUGUUUCGAAUGAGUUUUUCUUUCGCUGUUAAGUGUGAAUAUUUCUUACAGCAGUAGACUACUUGCUUUAGGAGUUUGUUUUUUCCUGUUAAAAAUAUCUCUCUACCAUCAUACUGAAACCACAUUGCUUUUGGACAUACUGUAUAUGUGUGGUAGCCUGGAAAAACCCUUCAGACGGUGAAAUUUUGACAUGUAAGUUUAUAUGUAGCUCAGGAAACUACACACUUUCCGCAGUUGAAAUCGGUGUAUUGAAGUGAGGUUCUAGGAUUUUAAAGUCUGGUCACUGCCAAAUUUAAACAAGUGUUGCCAGGCAAAACAAACCUCACUCGGCAGCACUUAUUUUAUACCUAUAUGUUGACAAUGGUAAUAUUUCUCAAUCAUCAGCUGUCAGGUUAUAGUCCUAUGAAAAUCCAUGACCUUGAGUUUGACAUUUCAAGGUCACUCAAGGUCAAAGAUCAUGGUGCCAAAUGAAAGCCCAUAUGGCAUUUCCUAUAAGUUGAUAAUGGUAAACAUCUGUCUACCAUCAACCGUUUUCAAGGUACAGCCCUCUGAAAAUCCAUGACAUUGAGUUUGACCUUCCAAGGUCACUCAGGGUCAGAGAUCAUGGUGCCAAAUGAAAGGCCAUAUUGGAGUUCCUAUAUGCUCAUAGGAGUAAACAUUUGUCUAUCAGCAACCGUUUUUGAGUUAUAAUGGAAAGUAUGUUAUUUUGACCGAAAGGUUGACCUUUCCGCUGACUUUGACUUUCACCUUGACCCGAUUACCCCCAAAAUGCAAUCAGGUAAUCUAUGGACCACUGCCCACCUACCCUGAAAAUUUGAAGUCAAUUGGUGCAACCGUCUAGAUGCUAGAUUGUUAACACACACACACACACACACACACACAUACACACACACACACACACACACACACACACACAAACAAAUGAAGAGUCGUGCGGAACACAA